AUGGAGGCAUGGCUCCUGCUCCCUGUCGCCCUCCUCCUCCCCCUCCUCAUCGUCCUGCUCGCGCAGCGCGUCGCGGCCGGGGCGGGUAAAGCCAAGAACGGCAGCCACAUCCCGCCUGGCCCGCUCGCCUUGCCGUUGCUCGGCAGCCUACUGUGGCUGAGGCACUCCUCAGCCGACGUGGAGCCCCUACUCCGGCGCCUCAUGGUGCGGUAUGGCCCCGUCGUGUCCCUGCGCGUCGGCUCCCGUCUCUCCAUCUUCGUGGCCGACCGGCGAGUGGCCCACGCCGCCCUGGUUGAGCGCGGCGCCGCUCUGGCUGACCGCCCGGCGGUCACGCGCGGCCUCUUCGGCGAGACCGGCAACACAGUCGCGCGCGCCAGCUACGGGCCCGCGUGGCGCCUCCUGAGGCGCAACCUCGUCUCAGAGACGCUGCACCCGACGCGUGUCCGCCUCUUCGCGCCUGCGCGCGCCUGGGUGCGCCGCGUGCUCGCGGACAAGCUGCUGCGGGAGUCCGGCCCCGGCGUGGAGGCGGCGACCCGCGGGGUCCUGGUCAUGGAGGCGUUCCGGUACGCCAUGUUCUGCCUCCUCGUGCUCAUGUGCUUCGGCGAGAGGCUCGACGAGGCUUCGGUGCGGGCGGUCGGCGCCGCGCAGCGCGACUGGCUCUUGUACGUCGCGCGAAAGACGAGUGUCUUCGCCUUCUGGCCGGCUGUCACCAAGCACCUUUUUCGCGGCCGUCUCAAGAUGGGCCUCGCCCUGCGGCGGCGGCAGAAGGAGCUCUUCCUGCCGCUGAUUGACGCGCGGUGGGAGCGCAAGAAACAGAUCAACCGAGGCGCCGGCGUGGUGUUGCCGAUGGCGGAGACCACGUUCGAGCACUCGUACGUGGACACCCUGCUCGACAUCAAGCUCCCUGAAGAAGAGGCUGGCCGCGCGCUCACGGACGACGAGAUGGUCAUACUCUGUUCCGAGUUCCUUAUCGCCGGAACCGACACCACCGCCACCGGGCUGCAAUGGAUCAUGGCUGAGCUCGUCAAGAACCCGGCCAUCCAGGAGAAGCUCUAUGACGAGAUCAGGACCACAACUGGUGGCGACCAGGCAGAGGUCUCCGAGGAGGACAUCCACAAGAUGCCUUACCUCAAAGCCGUCGUCCUUGAGGGACUGCGCAGGCACCCACCGGCGCACUUCUUGCUGCCGCACAAGGCGAUGGAGGACAUGGAGAUUGACGGGUACCUGAUCCCGAAGGGCGCCACUGUGAACUUCAUGGUGGCCGAGAUGGGCAGGGACGAGCGGGAGUGGGAGAAGCCGAUGGAAUUCGUGCCAGAGCGAUUCUUGCCGGGCGGCGAUGGCGAGGGGGUGGAUGUGGCCGGCAGCAGGGAGAUCAGGAUGAUGCCAUUCGGCGUCGGGAGGAGGAUCUGCGCCGGGCUCGGCGUCGCCAUGCUUCACCUUGAGUACUUCGUGGCCAAUUUGGUCAAUGAGUUCGAGUGGCGUGAGGUUCCAGGCGACGAGGUGGACUUCGCCGAGAAGCCGGAGUUCACCGUCGUCAUGGCCAACCCGCUGUCCGCGAGGUUGGUGCCCAGAAGCAGGAGCUGA